CAACCACAACUAUAGCUCCAACAACCACAACUCCAGCUCCAACAACAAGUCCAGCUCCUCCAACAACCACAACCGCAGCUCCAGCAACCAAUACCGCAGCUCCAACAACCACAACUCCAGCUCCAACAACCACAACCCCACCUCCAACAACCACAACCGCAGCUCCAACAACCACAACCGCAGCUCCAACAACCACAACCGCAAAUCCGACAACCACAACCGAAGCUCCGACACCACAACUCAAUUCCCAACCAACAACCACAACCCUCCAACAACCACAACUACAGCUCCCACAAACACAAGUCCAGCUCCAACAACCACAACUUCCGCUCCAACAACGACUACCGCACGUUCAACAACCACAACUCCAGUCCCAACAACCACAACUUCAGCUCCAAUAACCACAGCUGCACCUCCAACAACCACAAAAACAGCUCCAACUACCACAACUCCAACUCCGACAACCCCAGCUCUUGCAAUCUUAACUCCAACAACUCCAACAACCACACCCCUAACAACUACAGCCACAGCUCAAAGAACCACAACCGCAGCUCCAACAACCCCAACUUCAGCUCCAAAAACCACAUUUGCAGCUCCAACAAUCACAACCACUUCUCCAACAACCACAACAACAGCUUCAACAAGCACAACUUCAGCUCCAAUAACCACAGCUGCACCUCCAACAACCACAACUGCAGCUCCAACAACCACAACUCCAACUCCGACAACCCCAGCUCUUGCAAUGUUAACUCCAACAACUCCAACAACCACAACCGAAGCUCCCACAACCACAACUCCAGUCCCAACAACCAUAACCGCAGCUUCAACAACCACAACCGCAGAUCCAACAACUACAACUCCAGCUCUGACAACCCCAACCCCAGCUCCAGCAAUCUUAAAUCCAACAAGCACAACUCUAACAACCACAACUCCAACAAUCACAACCACUUCUCCAACAACCACAACAACAGCUUCAACAAGCACAACUUCAGCUCCAAUAACCACAGCUGCACCUCCAACAACCACAACUGCAGCUCCAACAACUCCAACUCCGACAACCCCAGCUCUUGCAAUGUUAACUCCAACAAGCACAACUCAAACAACCACAACCACAGCUCCAACAACCAAAACCACAACUGCUGUUCCGAUAACCACAACUUUUUCUCCAACAACCACAACCGCAGCUCCAACAACCACAACUCCAGCUCCGACAACCCCAGCUCUAGCAAUCUUAACUCCAACAAACACAACUCAAGCUCCAACAACCGCAACCACAGAUCCAACAACCACAUCCCCAGCUCCAACAACCACAACUCAACCACAACAACAGCUCCAAGAACCAGAACCAUAGCUCCAACAACCACAACCGCAGCUCCAACAACCACAACUGCAGCUCCAACAACCACAAACAUAGCUCCAACAACCACAACCACAGCCACAACAACUACAGCCACAGCUCAGAGAACCCCAACUACAGCUCCAACAACCACAUUUGCAGCUCCAACAAUCACAACUACUUCUCCAACAACCACAACAACAGCUUCAACAACCACAGCUUCAGCUCCAACAACCACAUACGAAGCUCCCACAACCGUAGCUCCAACAACCACAACCGCAGAUCCAAAAACUACAACUCCAGCUUCGACAACCCCAACCCCAGCUCCAGCAAUCUUAACUCCAACAAGCACAAUUCUAACAACCACAACUGCAGUUUCAACAACCACAACUCCAGCUCCAACAACCACAAUCACAGCUCCAACAACUACAACUGACGCUCCAACAACCACAACAUCAGGUCCAACAACCACAACCGCAGCUCCAGCAACCACAAUCAUAGCUCCAACAACCACAACUGCAGCCCCAACAACCACAGCCACAGCUAAACCAACCACAACCGCAGCUCCAACAACCACAACCAAAGCUCCAACAACCACAACCGCAGCUCCAGCAACCACAACCACAGCUUCAACAACCACAACAACAGCUUCAACAACCACAGAUUCAGCUCCAACAACCACAACCGAAUCUCCCACAACCACAACUCCAGUUCCAUCAACCUCAACCGCAGCUCCAUCAACCACAACCGCAGAUCCAACAACUACAAUUCCAGCUCCGACAACCCCAACCCCAGUUCCAGCAAUCUUAACUCCAACAAGCACAACUCUAAGAACCACAACCGCAGCUCCAACAACCACAUCUCCUGCUCCAACCACCACAAUCACAGCUCCAACAACUAUAACUCCAGCUCCAACAACCACACCCACAGUUCCAACAACCACAGCUCCAACAACCACAAUCACACCUCCAACAACCACAACCGCAGCUCCAACAACCACAACCGCAGCUCCAACAACCACAACCGCAGCUCAAACAACCACAACUCCAGCUCCAACAACCACAAUUGAAGCUCCAGCCACCACAACCGCAGCUUCAACAACCACACCCGCAGCUCCAACAACCAUAACUCUAGCUCCCACAACGCCAGGUCCGACAUCCCCAACCCCAGGUCCAACAACCACAACCACAGUUCCAAACACCACAACUCUUGGUCCAACAGGCAUAACUCCCGCUCCAACUACAACACCAGGUAGAUCAACAACCACCCAGGGCUUAACAACUUUGGCACAUAUACAAAUGAAGAUAUCUUCUGUUGGAGAGAUCAGCAAUGGAACAAUCACUCAGCUUAUUCAGCAGUUUUUUAGAGAACAGCUCCUGAAUGGAACAGCUCACACCGUCACUGUGACCAAAAUUCAGAGGGUUAGUGUGAGCCCAUAGAUGUAUAUGCAAUUUAAUGGUCAACGACAAGCUUGUAAAGAUAGAAAAAAAAUCCUGAUG